AAACCGGAAGCUGGCUGUCAUCGCUCUGGUAGAAUGCUCAGGCUCUCCCCGGGAUCACUGCCUCUGUACCCGGGUUAACCUCUACACAGCUGGCCUUUGCAGCUCCUGGUACCAAACCAGCCCGAGACAGAAAACCGUCCAAGUCCAGUCCGGAUCAGAUGGAGGGGCUCCGGUUCCGCCGGGUCCACAGACCGCAGGUCAUCACCGACGAGCUCCCGGAGCACCAGACCAAGUCACACGGCACCUACAGUGGGAAGGUUUUCCAGGUGACUCUGCUCUUUCUGGGCGGGUUUCUGCUUCUCCCUCUCCUGGUCAUCAUCCUCAUCCUGGAGUCUCCCAUCCAUCCUGAAGUCUUCAGUCUGAAGGAGCCCCCGAUGAUGAAGGGCUGCUGGGAGCCCAACCUGAAACUCAGAGAGGCUCAGAGACUGUUUGAGGACCAGAUCACGGGACCAGAGUCCAUUGCCAACAUCGGAGAUGUUUUGUAUUCUGGAACAGCUGACGGGAGGAUCGUGAAGGUGGUUGGUCGGAGGAUUCUCACGGUGGCCAGACUGGGAAAACUACCCUGUGGGUCCAGAGAGGAGGAGUCCAGCUGUGGGAGGCCGUUAGGGAUCAGGAUUGGACCAAACGGGACUCUGUUCGUGGCGGACGCUUACCUGGGUCUGUUUGAGGUCAACCCCACCACAGGUGAAGCCACCAGGCUGGUGAAGGGGGGUGAUGAGGUCGCUGGCAGGAAGCUGUCAUUCAUCAAUGACCUGGCGGUGACGCAGGAUGGGAAGAAGGUGUACUUCACUGACUCCAGCAGCAGGUGGCAGCGCAGAGAGUACCUGAACCUCAUCAUGGAGGCCACGGCUGACGGGCGAGUGUUGGAGUACGACAUGGAGAGCAGGGAGCUGACAGUGGUGAUGGAGAACCUUCGAUUUCCAAACGGCAUCCAGCUGCUGCCUGACGAGGAGUCCGUGCUGGUGGCAGAGACCACAAUGGCCCGGAUACGCAGGGUCCAUGUUGCCGGUCUGAACAAAGGUGGGAUGGACACGUUCAUUGACAACCUGCCUGGUUUUCCUGACAACAUCCGCCCCAGCUCCACCGGAGGUUACUGGGUGGCCAUGUCCGCGGUGAGACCAAACCCCGGCUUCUCCAUGCUGGACUUCCUGUCCCAGAGACCCUGGAUCAAGAAGUUCAUCUUCAAGCUCUUCAGUCAGGACACAUUGAUGAAGUUCGUCCCUCGGUACAGCCUGGUGGCGGAGCUCCAUGAUGGGGGAAUCUGCACACGGAGCCUCCACGACCCUAACGGCCUGGUGGCGGCCUACAUCAGUGAGGUCCACGAGCAUGAUGGGAGUCUGUACAUGGGCUCCUUCCGCUCUCCGUACAUCGCCAAACUGGACCUGAGCAAGGUGUAGAAGAAACCCUGCUGAGGACAGACGAUCACAGACAUUAGUGAUUCCGUCUGACAGAGAGACACGGAGGUUUCAUGAUCCAGGAUGUGAAAUAUAAACCGUCACAGGUGAGGAGGUCGGAGGUCAACAGCUUUGUUCCGGAGGUUUGAAACAUGAGACCUGAUGUCCAUGUGUGGGGAGUAAGUUUUGGGGAGGGGUCGUGUUGUUGUAAAUUUGGAGGCAGGUCUGGUUCUGAUAACACCUGUCAGGCACUGAGAGGGGACGACCAAUGAAAUGAUUGCUAACCGUGUUGUCUGUGAUCAGCUCUACCUAUAAGACGCUUCAUGUUCAAGACGUACGCCCCACAGGAGGCGGAUCCAGUCAUCCAGGAAGUGUUUGGCGUUGUGCUCGUGAUUCCUCUCGUUGUGUUUAUUUUCAGAUGAAUGAUGUUGUUGAUGAUUUGAUCAGAUGUUUCUGUUCUCAGGUUUCCUCUGAUUUAACUCUUUAAGCUCUUGGUGUCUGCUGGUGUUCAGGAAGGAUUGAUCCGUUUGGCCUUUUUUUAGUUUCUUGAAGUGUUUGUUUUUUUCAAAGACACUUAUAUUUAAAGAAAGAGGAUGUUUUGACUUGGCACUGAAACUGAGGCACUUUGUGGCAUGAGUAUCAAAAGUUUAUAUACUGUACCUAGCACUGGACUCACGACAGCCUGGCUUUACUGGCUGAAAACCACUUGCAAGCUAGCUCAAGCUGAUCGACUAGCCCCCCUGGCUGGCUGGCUUACUCACUCGCUUGCUAGCUCCAAAGGCGGUCCCUCUGUAGCGAGUUAGCUCUGUCAUUAGCCCUGUGUUCAGCUCCUGUCAGCACACAGACGGGUUUUCUUCAUGCUAAAUGGGAUUCUGUUCUUGCUCUUUGUUGUUGAUUCAAAGCACAGCUCUCUACCUCUGAUGCUAACUGUGUGUGUUAGGGUUAGAGUUGUCUCAAAUCAAAUGCUAAUGUCAGCCAUUUUUUCUCUUUAAUGCGAUGAGCUAAUCCAGCAGGGAACUGUUCUAAUGGUUCCUACAAUUCAGAGACAUCAUGAAGAGGACGGAGGAGUUUUAUGUUGUAGGCAAACAAAGCGACAGGAGCUCAGAGCAGGUGACACGUCAUGUGACACGUCAUGUGACACGACAUGUGACACGACAUGUGACACGACAUGUGACAUGAUUAAUAACUCUUACGGCCAAAUUCCACCAGAUCCGUGUCCGGUCUGUCUCUGAUCCAUCACAGCACUGGAUCUGAUAGGUUUCUAUUCUAGUCAAUGUGUUAACUUCCACUGGAUCCGCUCUGUUGCGUUCCGGCUGUGUCUCUGAUCCGGCAGGUCGGAGCCCUCCGGAUCAGAUACACAAGACUUCUAUUUUUGCCGGAUGCCGGAUCACGACGCAUCAAUCUCAACAGAGCAGAUGGAGCGGGACAGGAAGUCAGGUUUCACCAAAACAAAAUGAAAACAUCCGGUUAAUUUUCAGAAUAAAACACUCUGUGUUAUCACCAGAUCGUAUUUCACUUAACUACAACAACAAACCAAAGUCAUGAUGAGUGGAACCAGGCCUGGAGUCAACAGGUCAGAGGUUUUCAGAGGACCAGAAAGACAACAUGGAUGAGGAGAGGAGGAGGAGAAUCCUUGAUUCAGUGAUUACUGCAGGAAAACCUCGGUCACAUGACUCCAGCUGUCCGGAGGUCCUGCUCCGUGCUGCGUUCAGAAAACACAACCGGUGGGUGUUGAUGGACGAGAGAGCACGGAGCUGGACCGCAGCGGAUCAGAGAUGGACAGGACAUGGAUCAGUUGGAAGUCCCGUGCGACAGUCAGCUGAGCUACAGUCGGAACAAGCUGUUCUUCUUCAUUCUCCCCACAACCAGAGCAGCUCGUUGAGGCUGUUUAAGGGCCUGUGUCCACUGAUGGUGUGUUUGUGUGCUGGCAGUGACUUCUGUGUAUUUUAAACUGCACUGUUUGUUUCUUAUUAAGUUUAAUGAAAUGACAUUUUUAAAGAAAAUGUAAAAACAAAAAAAGGGAUGGUUUCCUGGUGUUAGCUGAAACUCUGCUCCUGGAAACUGUACCUUUUAGAAAAAACAAGGGUCAGUCAAAGCUGAUAUCAUUGGUCCCUCCCCUUCUGGAUUUUGGUCACUGAAGGAAAGGUGACAUUGAUGAGCAGCAGUAUUAAGCUGACAUAGAGGGUGUGUUUGUGCUGAAGGAUGCUGAAAACCCUGAACUAUAUUGGUUCUGUACAGAACAGUUGCUGCCAGCACAGAUAAUGCUGUUAGUGGACACAGUCCCUGAAGGAGGUGACCGUUAGCAAGGCUAAGAACAGUUAGAAUAAGGAGUAGUUUUCUCAUCCGGCUUACACCAUAUGAACUCAGCAUUGUGCUCCAUUCAUCAACCAAUCAAUCAAUCUUUAUUUGCAUAGCAUCAAAUCACAACAAAAUUAUCUCAAGACUCUUUUACAAACAGAGCAGGUCUAGACCACUCUAUGUCAAAUUAUGAACAGAGACCCAACACCAAGACAGGAUAAGACUCAGUCUGACCCCACCUUAAUCCACCAUGAGCAUUGCACCUCACAGUAUUUAACUAGUUACAGCGGAGAGGACAAACUUCCUUUAACAGGCAGAAACCUCGAGCAGGACCAGACUCAUGUUAGACAGCCAUCUGCCUCGACCGAGUUGGGUCUGGAAAGAGGGAUAGAGGAGACUCACUAGAUAUCAAACUGAAAUAUAGACACCAUCUAUCCCAUAAUAACAGGACCUAACACUGCUGGAAUCUGCAGUGUGUGUGAGAUCAGGCUAUAGUUUCCUCAACAUGAUGAGCUCUUUAUUUUUAAUUUAAAGUCUGUUGUCUUUAAAGAGUCCGGGCUGAAUGAUCGGUCAGGAGUCAGAUAUAUUAACCCUUUAAGUCAACAGGCUUUACUUAUAGGAACAUAACAGGAGGAGCGCUGACCAGUGUGUCCACACACAUUCAUAUGUGUGUGAAUCAGACUCCAGAACACUGGGUGUCUAUAAGUGGACUCGCCCUGAAGAAGACGCCGUGUCAUCCAGACCGGUCUACAUUCCUCCUGUUGUCAUUUAUAGACUCGCCUGUUGAAUAAAGGUAUUUUAAACAUGUCCUCGGUUCUAUAGGAACAGUGCCUGAAGACAGACCUGUAGCUCCUUCUACACUUAUAAUCUUCUCCUGCUUUGUACCUGCUCUAUGAGCACUCAUGAUCCUCCUUUAUCCUGAAACACUGACUGAUCAUCUGAAGACUAAAGAUCAUCUGAGUUCAAACCUUUAGAAUCUGUUUUCCAAAGCUCACCCUGUUCUCUCUCUCUCCUCUCGUCAUCCCUCCCUCAAUGAUCCGUCAGUUACAGAGCCUGAAGUCGUGUGAGGAUCUAGUAGAGAUGUGUACAGAUGUUUUCGUGUUUAUGCUUUGGCACUUUCUUGUGAGGUGAAACGUUUUUUAAGUUGAUAUUUUUUAAACGAGGUGCCAAAUUGAGUUUCUUUCUGUUUUUUGUAUUUUUGCACUAAAAGGUUUCACUCACUGUUUGAGCUCUGCCAGCUGGAGCAGAGAGCUGCUGUGAUGGAAGCUGGUAUUGUUUAUUGUUCACCCCCCCCGUGUGUGACUGCAGACUGCACUCUCUCUCUUUGAUUAGGUUUGUUUUGAUGGAUGCUCCGGCCCUGCAGCUUUUAAGCUUCUUUUGAAUAAAACCAGAAUCAAACCUUCA